AUGAUUUUCAUCUUUGCUGUUCAGCGAUGCGCGAAAAACUUUAUCAGCUUCGUUGUAUGUACGUUAUUUAACAACAUAACUUGUGGCUUUGCAAGUACAGUGGCCUAUGAAGAGAAACUUUUGCAACUGGUGACUGUCAUCGGUGCGAUCGUGUUAAUAGGUAUAUCGUGUUACGUUUACACCAAGGUGGAAGAAUCGGAUAAACAAUCGAGGCCUGUGUUCAUUGAUGUUCCUUAUAUGAGGCGAAUAAAUAAGCCUUUUCCAUGGGGCGACGGGGAACACACCUUGUUCCAUAAUCCCGUGAGAAAUCCAAUAUCUCCGCAUGGUUACGAGGUAGAAGAUCCAAACGCUGUGACGCCAAGCCAAACCGCAGGGUUAAGGAAACGAUAAACGAAGAAG